CAACUUUCCCUGCUGCUUUGCUUUUCUAAAAUAGAAGUGUUGUCACAGUAAAAGAGGCUGACAUGUUAGAACAACCGAAACCCGAGCAAGGUUUCUGAUUAAAGGCUCACGUUUGCUUUGGCAGUUGGAUUUUGGGUGAAUCGAUAACCUGUGAGGACCAGCACGUUUUGGAAUAUCCAAGGCUUGGGAUAGUGUCAGAAUGGUGAGUCUCUAGAUGGUUAUACUAUACCACACACACAUGGUUUACAGGGUUAUUCAAUAAAGUGAUAAUUCAAAGUGAAUUUCAAAUUCAAGGCCAAAGCAGCUGAUCUGCAAAGAUUGAAAGCUAUGCUCCGAGUUUGGCUACUCUGGCCCUAAAUUUGAAUUUGUUUUUUUUCCAAGGGGAUUUUGUUCUGUGGCUGUGAUAAAAAUUUACAUGCUGGCAUCGCAAACUGAAACCUCCCCAGGCAAUAAGUCUGUGGAUGAAGUGGGGGUUGCCAGAUCAGCUGUGUAUCCUAUAACUUUUCAUGCUGAUGUGCAGUACAUGAAAAGGCUGCCCUUGAAUGUGGCAUUCAUAUGCAGGAUGGAACUCUAUUAACAAAUCAAUUAAACUGCCUCCUAUAGGGUUAAUACACUAAACUAGGAAUGGUCAGGAAUAGACCAGAAAUGUAAAAAAUUUUAGAUUUAAAAAAAAUAAUAAUAAAUACGGAAAAGAUUUUAUUUCACUGACUAUUUUAGCCAAGAACUGUUAAUGUCAUCAACUUCAUGGUUUAAUAAACUGAUUUAUGUCCUACAGCAUGUUUUAUUCUACACAAUACUUGGCAGCAUUAUUCAUGCUUUGCCAAAUAGUAUGCAAAAAAAAAAAUCUGUCUAGAAUAGCAUGUUGGCAACAUUAACUCCAGGUAGCAAGCCUAAUAAAGUAAUUAAAGUGUGAUUUGUCAGGAAUGCAAAUUAAGUUUCAUGUUUUUGGCCAAAAAGCUGAAUCCGGAAAAAAUGAAAACAAAUAUCCAAGUCAGCUCUGGUUCAUUUGUUGAACACUUCAUUUUAGCAAAUUAGGGCAUCAAUUUAAUAUUUUUCAGAAAACUUUUUAAAAAAUAUUUUUUUCAAAAUGUUAAAUAUAUAAAAUGAGUAUACCAUCUAUUAAUAUAUAUUAACUUGAUGCCCUAAUUUGCUAAAAUUGUGUUCAACAAUUUUCAUAUUUUUUUUUAAUUAACUUUUAAAAUGAAGUAUUUUCACAAAUAUUUCAAUAUUUUCAUAGUGAUUUUUAUUUAUUUAUUUCUUAUAGAGAUUAUAAUAUUUUAUAUUUAAAAGUUUUUAUAUAUUAAAAGUUUGUCCAAAAAUAUUAAAUUGAGGCCUAAAUCAGAAUGGCAAAACUAAGGGUUAAUGGCUAAGCAAAGGGGCUUUGAAUGAGUUGAAUUUUUCCAAAAAUUUCGCCUAUUCUGUGUUAAAUUUUUUUUAAACUUUUUUAUUUCUGAAUUAUCUGGGAUAUAAUCCUGUGAGAAUAAAGUUAGUUAAAAGAUAAGGCUUUAUUCCUCCUUGUUUUGUGUUUUGGCUCGCUGUGCAUGUCUUUUAUCAUAUUAUCUGCGUUUACAUAAGUCUAUUGUAAAUUAGAAUUACACUAUGACAAUGUAUCUAUUAACGUUCUCCUGACCAAUGAUGGUCACUCCCAUCAUGGCAAUCCAUUUCUUAGGGAUCCCAGUAAAAAAAUAAAAUAAAUAAAAGUAAUUGAAAUGAAUGCCUAAAGCAGAUUUUGGGAAAAAUCUUUCAGCAUAGAAAUUUUUCAUGUAGGUUAAAAUUUAAAAUAAAUCAUCUGCAAUAUUUAUCUAGCAUAGAUAUGGUUAUUGUACCUAUUUUUUAGUGUGGCCUUUAAUUCAGAGUUUAGUGAAUAAAUCCCAGUAUGUAUAAUCUGCUUCCUUGCUUCAGCAUCCGAUGGAAAGUUAUUCAAAAUGUCAUCUCACAGGUGAUUAUUACUAUUUACUCUGGCUGAAAAAUAUUAACAUUUCCAGGGCUUACUCACUAAACUGUGAAUUUGUGGGCUUUUAAUUUUAGGCAAAAUAGUAAAACUAAAAACAGUUUGUGUGGUUUUAUUUUUUUAUUUUUUUUUAUUUUGCUGAUGUUGUAUAAAAUGUGAAAUUCACUUCAGGUUUCUGACAAAUUCCACUUUCGCCUAAGAAUUCCUCAUAUUGCUGGGCAGCACUUUUAAUUUUGUGCCCAACAGAAAAUUAUUAUUAUUAUUAUUAUUAUUAUUAUUAUUCUUGUGUAACCUCCAUGGGUGGUAUAUAUGUUAUAUAGUGUGAGAGAUAUUUAUAUCUGAAUGUGAUCUGUAACACAAUCUGAAUGCAAACAUUCUUUUUAAAUGGUUCCUGUGUUGGUCUGUGAGAUUGAAGCACGAUAUCCAUUUAAUGUUUCAUGGUUGACGUGAUGCGGUGGUCCUUACGGUCGUGACACAUUUCCUAUUGCGACCUUCCUAAGUGGGGCCCUAUCUUCCUCUAAAGGAUGAGUUCAGUAACUGAUCAGAUGCAGUUCUGGGCUUAUUGGCUCUCUGUGUAGGAAAAAGAAAACUCAGUGGGUCGUAUGACAUCUUAAGGGUUGUGGUUAGUUUCACUGUGGACCAGGAAAUGGGGUUAUAAGUUGACGUGUAAGUCAACACACCCACACGUGUUGGUUUCAAUGUAUAGGUCACGGUCAGUUUUCCUGGUUUCACUGUUUGCCUUUUUAUUCCCUCUGAUUUCUUUCUACCCUCACUUCCAUCAUGGCGUGUCCCUUAAAGGUUGGAAUAAUAUGGUAUAACUGAUGCAGCCACAAGUCCCCUGUUGAGAAGUGGCAUGAGUUUCGUUAAUGGAUAUUAAACCCACACAUUGCCGAGUAUCCUUCUUCCCCGUGUAAGCUGCCACCUUUAAAUACAUUUCUGUCCGCAGUGACAUGAUUUGCUGGCUAAAUAAAGACUAUGGGGUUUAUUCACUAAAUACUGAAUUGCAGUGAAUUCAAAACCAAAGUACAAAUUGCAGUAAGUGUAACGAAGUUGGAUAUAUUUUCCAAAUCGGCUCUUUUAGUCUAAAUUACUGUUUAGUGAAUUAACAUAUGUAACUGCAGCCUUGCUUCUUGAUUCUAAAAGAGAAAUUGUUUAGCGCCACUAAGCUAAGCAGGGUCCCUCUCAUUGGCUUAAAUGUUUUAUCAGAGCACUAUGUCAAUCAGUAUGGCCCUGGAUCAACCAUGCUUAUUUUAAGGGAAAUAUCCAGCUUUUCCUGCAGGAAAAAACAAAAUGUGACAACUAUACCUCGGGAACCAAGAUAAAUUGUAAAACCAUUCUUAAACCGCUUUACUACUUUGUGGGGGGAUGAGGUAUGUAGUGGUUAUGGUUGUGAGUGUUUCUUUAAGGGAAUAUCCUCUAUCUUGAUGCUGUGGAUUGUAACUUUCAUGACUUGUUUAUCCAGGUUGCACUUGGCAUUUGCACGCUUUUUUCCCGAAAUUCUUGUUCUUGUGGUAAAUAGCUGCUGUAAGUACUCUAAGCCAUUUUAAACCCCUGUCUAAAUACUAUUCAGUAAGGGACAGAAAACAAUACAUAAUUAUGUUUUAUGAUGAUGUCUUCUUAGACUUUGAUAAAUUGGUAUCAUCCCAAAUACGCAUAAAAUAUCUAAUCUAACUAAGUGAAUGUGGGGUUCUAAAGGAACUCUGAAUCAAUUAUUAAGCUGUCUAUUGAGUAAUAGGUUUAUAAAAUAUUAACCUCUGACCUCACUAAACUUAUUCGAUCCAAAUUACAGUAUCAAUCUUUGUAGGGAAGCCUUGGUAUCUAAUAGUAUGACCAACAAUAAAUAUAAGUUCUUAUUUGGUGCCCAGGAUCCAAUGCUGAUAUUGCAUUACUUCCCUAACGUUCCGAAGAAUUUAACUAAUCCUCCCGGUAGACCAAUCAUUUCUUCCAUUGAUUCUGUUAAAGUACCAUUAUCAAAGUUGAUUGAUUUUUCAUCUUCAAAAGUGUUCAAAAAUGUUCAACAGGUGCCACCUGAUGUCAAGGACUGUACCCAUCUGUGGAUCCUAUUGAUGAAUUUUGAUUGGUGUAGUAGCUAUAGGUGGUUAAUGUCCUAUAAAAUGAAUUUUGGUUUUAAAAUAAUGAAAUUCUACCUAUGUAACAAUCCUUUACUACCCACAAGUCAAGCUGACCACCUGGUUAGUUUUAUUCAGUUUGGCUUUUUUACGUAUUUAUUUUUCUUUUAAUGAACAGUUUGUUUGUGUUUUUUUUUUUUUUUUAAAUACGAUGAAGGGGGGCUAGCUUUGCACCUUCUUAUCUUUCCACUGGCUACUUUUAAUUUUAUAUUUGGUAGGAUUAUCCAUGGAGGCACAAUCUAGUCUUCUAUUGCUGCUUCAUUAAUUGGAUGGUGGGGAACAGGACAUCAAAGAUUAUUUUAAUAAUUUUAUAUUGAAUUAAAUCUAAUAAAUUCAGCCUUUUGUUUACUCCGUGUCAGAAUACAGUUCCUGGACCUCCUUGCUUAGAGGUGAAAAUUCUCAGUUAGUUACAAAUACGUUUCAAAAGACCAUAUUGGCUAUAUGCAUUAUCAUAGUGAUAAUCACACCCAAUGGAUCAAUAACAUUCUGUAUGGUCAAUAUUUAUAGGCUUGCAUAUCUGAAUUUGAUAGAAAAAGCUUUAGUCCUAGCCAAUGGAGUACCAGAGAAAGAUUAUCCAGUUUGUUUAGUUAGAAAAGCUUAUGUUAAGACACAGAAUGAGUUGAGUUUUAUUUUAAUUUGUAAUGUAAUAACGAGGAACAAUGAGUUUCAAUCUGACCAUCUUAAUUUAAUUAUCAGAGAUUUAGGUAUAUUUGAACAAUUACCAGAAGAUACAUUAACCACUAAAAAGGAGGGAAAUGCAGUCUCAUCCAACAAUCCUAAUAAUAAAAUUAAAAUUAAGAACAAUAAGGUAAAAACUGGACAUUGAAUAGCAGGCAAGAACCUAACACCUGAUAAUAUGGGACCAGUAUUUGGGACGAAGUUUAACAUCCAAUAUGGAUGUAUUCUGGAUAUUUUAUACAAUAAUAUAUAUGUGAGAUAACAUUAAGUGGUCUUGCUAUGCAAGAACACUUAAAUAUUAAAAGGCUUCAGGGAAUGUAGCCUAAACAUGGUACAUUUAAAUGUGGGGCUUCUAAAUGGAAUACAUGUCGUUACAUUAAACAUGGAGUUGACUAUUGUGUAUCUAAUACUAUCCUUAACCCCUUAAGGACACAUGACGGAAAUAUUCCAUCAUGAUUCCUUUUUAUUUCAGAAGCUGUGUUCUUAAGGGGUUAAAAGGCAUUCUGCGACCCAAAUGAUCCCAUGCAACACUUUGUUUGUGGUCUAUCUCCUUACCUUCCUCUAUGCUACAAUAUGUCAGACAGACCUCGAGAUCCUUAAGAUGGAGUGAUCUACUUACAUGGGACGGUAAGAUAUCGGCCCGUUAUUAUUUAACUGUUAGUUUCUUAGUUCUGGCACUGUUUGUUUAGUGCUUACUGCUUUGGCUGGUCAUCUUGUGUACCACAAUCAUUCUAUGAACUGUAUAUCUGAUAUUUAAUGUUUUUAGUUAUUUGUUUCAUAAAUGUGUGUAUACUUGUUAUGCUUUGUUAAAAAAAAAAAAAAAUUAUUAUUUUGUUUUUUAUCAUUCAGUCACCUGUUUUUUGCACAGAAGAAGUGGCUUUUGUGUAUCACUAUAUUAUUUCUUAUUUACUAAUAGGUUAUUGAUUUUUUUUUUUUUUCUCCCUCUGGUGGUGUUAUCAAAAUAUAUAUAUAUUUUAUACUUGGUACUCUAACCAUUAUGUUUUGUUUAAGUAAACAUCUGCAUUAUUCAUUACUUGUUUCAAUGCCAUAUGUUUAGCCUUUUUCUCUCUUCAUUAAAGGGACACUAAAGUCACCAGAACAACUACAGCUUAUUGUAUUUGUUCUAGUGAGUUGCAUCAUUCCCUACAGGCAUUUUCAUGCAAACACUGUCUUUUCAAAGAAAAGUCAGUGUUUACAUUAAAGCCUAGGGACACCUCUAGUGGCCACUCCUCAGAUGGAUUCAAUGCAUCUCUAUGAGGAGAGGCUGAUUGGCCAGGGUGGUGUUUGGCCCUUCCCCCACCCUGCAUCAUUGACAAUCUAAGCCAAUCCAAUGCUUUCCCUGGGGGAAAUCAUUGGAUUAGCUGAUAUAAUCAAUCCUGAUGAUGUUGGCUAAAGAGGCAGAUUGGGUUGAGGCCAGCAAUAAGGUAACUUUUUUUUUAUACUUUCUGAGGGCACUAAGGCGGAGGGGGAAGAGGGGGGGAGGAGGGGAAGAGCGGGGGAGGGGGGGCAGGCAAGUCGCCUAAAUGGUGGUUUCAACAGUAGGGUCAGGAAUACAUAUUAUUGUUCCUGACCCUAUAGUGUUCCUUUUAAAGAUGAUUUCUUUUUUACCCCUGAUAUGUACAAUUUAGCUUGCUUCUUACAUCCCACAUUUAUUUAUGAGACCUGUUUUUGUUUAUCACCCAAAUCCACUGUGUCUCUAAUAAGUAAAUUUUAUAAUGCACUUAAUGUAUUUUCAGUACGUACAUUAUAUUCAUUACAUUGUUGUAUAACUGUCCCGUGUGUGUGUGUAUUAUUCCUCCCCUGUGUGUUUGUAUAUACAUAGUGUCACUGAAAUCAAUGUAUUCAGAAUGGUAUACCUGGCAGUAUUAAAAUAACUCUCCAGUGCCAGGAAAACAAGCACCCCUCCCUCCCUCCCAUCCCCUGUACCAUGUUGAUGAUGGGGUUAAAACCCCUUCAGUGACUUGCCUAAAUCCAGCGCCGAUGUCCCUUGGCGCUGGGUCAGGCUCCGACCACGCUGACAUCGGCGGGGGAGACUUAAUGCGCAUGCGCGGCAAUGCUUUCCUAUUGUGAUGCUGGGGGUCCUCAUGCAUAGCGUGAGGAUGUCCAGCAUCGUUUUAAAGCAGUUUUUGUGUUCAAAGAACCCGGAAGUCUCUCUAAUGGCUGUCUGAUAGACAGCCACUAGAGGAGGACUUCACACUGCAAGGUAAUUAUUGCAGUUUAUAAAAACUCCAAUAAUUACACUUGCAGAGUUAAGGGUGGUGGGAGUUAGCACCCAGACCACUCCAAUGGGCAGAAGUGGUCUGGGUGCCUGGAGUGUCCCUUUAACCAUAAGGCUGUGGGAUUUGUUCAUUAAAUACUGACUUACUCAAUUUUAGGACAACAUUUCAAACUUGUCACAGCUAGGCUAUUUUCGUCUGGGUUUUGCAACUCAAAUUUUAAUUUGCUACAAUUUUGUUUAGUGAAUAAACCCCUAACUUUUUUAGAGUUUGUUUGUUUAGAGUCUUAGAGACCGCUACCAGUCAGCCUUCUGCACAGGGGAAUUUAGGAAAUAACUUCUAUCCUUCUCUUUAACCCUAAGGAAUUCACUCUGCUAAUAGCUGUUCUGAUCUCAGAAUAUGAAUUUCCUAGUUAAAACAGUAGUGUGUUAUGUGACAUUAAAAACACUGAAUAGAGGUGUUUUCCAUCAUUAAACGUCAUGUUUUGCCUUUAAAUGACUGAAUGAAAUGCUUUGAUUUAAGGGUUACUGCAACCAUUGCUUUUAGAAGUGGUCAUGGUGGGAGGAAUCUGUUUGUUCAGCGUUUCUGCUUGAAACAAUGUACAUACAGAGAUAUUUGCACUUUUAUGCAGGGGGCAAGCUGCACCCCUGACACGUGACUUAGGCAGCUCAGAACUCCGUAACUAAUCCAGGCUUAUUGUUAGCAGUCUUUUUGUUGAACAAAAAUGUUCAUCACAGUCAGAAAAAGGUGUGUCCUGGUUAUUCUAAUGAGCUAUAAUUACACUAAUCCCCCUUUAACGUCAUAUGCUAUAUUAUUGAGUAUUUUGUCACCCAGAUGCCCAGGCAAUAUGCAGAUUUCAUUUGUGUACUAAACGCUAGAACCAAAUUUUAAUAUCAAGGUUAAAAUAGCCAAGCUUUAACUAUACCAGUGUUGAAGAAAUAUGUACACCUUUUUAUUUAGUUGUCUUUGUUAAGCAGUGCUUUCCCCAAAUUUUUCAGUUAUGUUUUUAAUUUAUUGUAGUUGCAGCAGACUUAAGCUAUGUAUUAAUAUUGUAAAACGCUACGGAAUCUGUUGGCGCUACAUAAAUGGUGAUUAAUAAUGAUCAGAGUAAAUUUAAUUAUGUGUAAAGAAACCGGCAUAGGUGCUCACUAUAAUCCAUCAAUAAGAAUGGGCUGCAGUAGAUCAGCAAGGUUUCUCAAGCUUUGCGAACGGUGCAAAUUGUGGAAAAAACAGGAAUGAUCUACCACGCCAAAAUUAAUUGUUUGCGUCUGACAGAUGUCUUUAAAAAAAAAAAAAAAGUUUAUUUAUAUAUAUAUAUAUAUAUAUAUAUAUAUAUAUAUACCAUUUUGAAAAAGCCUUAAAGGUGAAAUGCGUUAAUGGUUUUAAAUUGUGUAUUUUAAACAAUAAAAGUCUUUUUGGUUACCCUUUUAUAGGACCAAUUUUCAUUUUAUUGGAUUUUAUAUGCACUUUUUAUUAUUUUUCUUCCUGGCACUUUUUUGUAUCCUGACUCAAGAAAUCCUAGGUGGGGAUCAUUCCACCAACGCUGUAUUGAUAGAGCAGUACCUCCUGCUCUACACUUGUGAGUAUAUUUUAUUUCUCUGUCCUUAUAUACUGAGAGCACUAUUGCUGUCUUUUUUAUUUUGGAGCACUGAUUCUACCAGGCCGGAGUGACGGACGUACCUCUCCAGUAUAUCUUUUAGCGGGGAUUAUACCGCUACACGCCCUUCACCCCAGAGCUGGUUAAAGCUCUCACAAAUGUGAGUGUAUUACCUUCCUUUUAUCUAUUUUACCAUUGGAUUUUACAAUAUUACGCUAUCGUCUGUUUGUCGUAUUCUCCCUCUUUUUGUCUCCACAUGGACGGAUCAACUCCUGAGGACUGUACCCCUACCCUAUCCAACGUAUUAUUGAGACUUUUAUAUGACUUUUUAACCUUCUUAAUUUUUCAUUAUCUGGACUGAUCUACUUUGUUGUUUUAAGUGAGAUUUAUCCCUCACUGUUUCCUAUCACGUAUAUAGGUUGGUGAGCUUUGAAGUUGAUGUUUAGUGAGUGUGCUGGAUCUUGCGUGAAUACAAUUAGAUCAAUCAUUUUGCAGUUCUGUUUUUUUAAUUUAUUGUAUCAGAAUCAGACCCUUAGUGUCUGAUUCUAAGAGGACUUUCUUUGAAUCUGAAUGUUUGCUACCUGUCUGUAUAUUUCUUUUGUGAUCCUGGUGUCCUGUUUGUCUGAUAGAGGCAAUGCUUUGAUACCAAGCCUAGCUAUUUGGACACACCCGUGGUCUGUAGCGUGUCUAACCACAUUUCGAGAGAAUAGGAAAGGUUGGGCAAUGAAGAGACCUAAACUAUAAAAAGCAAAUGGGAGGCUGGUGUGACAAUGAAAGGGGAAUCGAGAGGGAAAAUGUCAAAAUCGAGUUAAGAGGACAUUGUUAGUAUGUAAUAUGUGCAAUGAGGAAAAGGCCGGGAGUUCAUGUCACGUAAAGGAAAUAACUCAAUCACUUUUGCAUCGGUUUAUUUAUGAAAGUGUCAAUUGUGGUAAAUUCAAAGUGAGUUUCUCAAUUUAAGCCAAAAUGGCUAAAUUGGAGAGAAAAAAGUCUUAAUCACCUCCAUUUUUGGGCCCAAAAUAAGAGACUUCAAAUGAGAGCGAGAAUGAGUAUAUUGAUAUGCUGAGCUUGCCAGACCAUCAGAACCGUUCAAAUAUUGAAUGUCUUAAUGUAGAAAUGGAACCUGUGAGGUCUAAAUGGUAAAUGGUUGACUCCGAAGUAGGGGUUGGUGUCUGCAGCCUACUAGCACCAACACAAUAGUACCAGGAGAAACGUUCAUACUGUGCAUGGCAUAUCGUUCAAUUGUUCCUAAUAAGUUGGAGAGGAGGGUGCAUGGCAGCCAUAAUGGACAACAUUCAGUGUUUAUCAGAACUAUAACCCUUUACAAACUUGUCACACUAUUAAAAAAAUCACCAUGAUGCCUGUGUUGGCAGGAUACCCAAUUUUAAAAGGGCACUACAAACUGCUAAAGCUCUUGAGCUUGCUUAGUGAAUUGUGUGAAGAGCUGCCUUCUAUAAUGGAUAUUGUAUAUGCUGCAAGAUUCUUGAUGGACUUAUCUCCUGAUUUACUACCUGCAGCAUUUGACUUCUACAUAAGGCAGGGCAGCACUUUCCCUGUUACAUAUCAAUUUAGAUAAAUGAUAUGUGUCCUGGAAACAUAUGGUCGCUUUGGUAUCCCUAGCCAGUGGCGUACACACAACCCAUGGGGCCCCGGUGCGAAAACUGAUCCGUGCCCUCCCCCCCCUGCACUUACUCUGCGCGGGCCAGGGCCGUCACCUGGUCACAGGGCUGCAUAUCUACGCCAGUGCAUGCAAAUACACAUACACUUAAAGUACCACUACAGACACCCAGAUCACAUCAGCUCAAUGAAGUGGUCUGGGUGCCAGGCCCCUCUAGUUUUAACCCUGCAGCUGAAAACAUAGCAGUUUCAGAGAAACUGCUAUGUUUCACUGAGGGUUAAUCCAGCCUCUAGUGGCUGUCUCAUUGACAGCCGCUAGAGGAGCUUCCGCGAUUCUCACUGUGAAAAUCACGGUGAGAAGACGCUGAAUGUCCAUAGGAAAGCAUUGAGUAAUGCUUUCCUAUGGGCGGUUUGAAAGCGCGCGCAGCUCUUCCCGUGCAUGCACAUUCGGGGCGGAGUCCGGCGCUGGAGAAAGGUAAGUGCUGAAGAUACACACUAGCUAACAGACGCACAUUUACUGACAGACUCAGUGACAGACAUACAUACACAUAUACACACUCACUUACAAAACACACACUCCCUAACAGACACCAAACAGACUCACUAACAGAUGCACAGUAACACACAAACUAACACACACACUGACACAGAAACUAACACACACUCUAACACUAACACAUACACUCUAACACACACACAUGUAUUUUAUUUUAUUUUUAUUUAAUCCCCCAGCCUCCCUACUGGGGUCCAGUGGUGUUACUGGGCGGCCGGUCACCGGGUUGGCUGGCUGGCAGGCUUGCGAGGGCGAACUCUCCCCUGAGUGCUCUCUGCCCAGCUCCCUUGCACGCCGCGUACUGAUGACGGAACCGGAAUAUGACCCUGGCGUGCAUACCGGGUCGCAGGAUGGCCGGACCCCCUGGUGGGCUGGGCCCAGUCGCCGCUGUGACCCCCUGCGAUGCCAGUAUGUACGUCACUGUCCCUAGCUAAACUCAAGAGGCAGCAACUGCUCAAUGCACAUGCCUAGCAAAUACUUCUCAUUGAACUGCAUUAGGAAGUCUGUGAUUGGACAGCCACAGAAAGUCUGGGCGGGGUUAGAAGGGGAGGGCUGGCAAAGGAAACAGAUAAGAUCUGCAGAUCUUGUAAACUGUUUUUAAAUGCAUUGUCUGUGGAUACUGAGCAAGACCCAAAUCUAAAACACAACUAUGUGUUCUCUCUGAAUGGCCAAAAAUGUAAUCCCCAACUAUUACAGAAAAACUUUCAGCAAGCAAAGGAUCGUGUGAGGUGUUGUCCUUAAGGUGACUGACAUCUGGCCAUUUUUAUUCUAGAUUAUGUUGAGUUCUUCAAAACAAUAUUUAAUCGUUUUUAAAUAUUGGCAUCAAUAUUUCUUUAAAUGCAGGUUAUCUAAACUGCAUCUUGACACAAACUUUGUGUGUUCAGAGAUGUUGCAGCAAUGGAUAAAAAUGCAACCAGAGAGAUACAUCCAGGGCUAAUAUGCAACCAAAAAGAGAUGCAUCCAGGGCUUCUUUUUGUUUCUGAAGAAGCCCUUCACAUGAAAUCGCACAGUCGAGUAAUCAACCUCUAUAUAGGGACUUCCAGCCCUCUUAAGAAGCCACUCAUCCUUCCAACUUAAACCUUCUUACAAUUCUUCAUUCAUUAGUUCAGCUAGAUACAGGUUUGAUACCAUGAUGAUAGAUCGGAAUUGGUUAGUGGGUAAUUUCCAGGGACCCUAAAUGUCACAUCCCAGGGUUUUAUCCAUCAUGUCAACUUAUGUCAUUCACUAGUGGCCUUAACUUUAUGCUUUGCACUUCAUAACAAUGUUAUGCCUUUAGGAUUCAGACCAUUUAUCUGACAUUGUAUUGCACACCUAAUAAAAAAAUAAGAAACGAUCCAAAGGCACACCACGGUUUUGCACAUAAAGAGUAUUUAUUCAUGCAUAGAAAAUACAAUAAGACCUCAUUAUAGCAGAGAGAAAGUGCAUAGUAUAGUGCUAAACCAGUAUAUAGUACCAAAACCACAAUGUAAGUAAAGUGCUAAAUGCAAAAACCCAUUAUAAAAGGUAUACUGACCAAGAGCAGGAGAAAUGAAACCCCCCAACGUUUCGGCUGUGAAGCCUUCCUCUGAGGUUCCAUUUCUCCUGCUCUUGGUCAGUAUACCUUUUUAAUGGGUUUUUGCAUUUACCACUUUACUUACAUUGUGGUUUUGGUACUAUAUAUUAUGCACUUUCUCUCUGCUAUAGUGAUGUCUUAUUGUAUUUUCUAUGCAUGAAUAAAUACUCCUUUUUAUGUGCAAAACCAUGGUGUGCCUUGGGAUCAUUUCUUAUUUUUUUUUUAUUACAUGUAUAUAUCUGUUAUGGGAACAGAUUCUCUUCCUUUAAGAGCACCCUGUACCUUCUAAACCACACACUUAUUACAUAUUUUUCAGUAGAGUUUUUUUUUUUUUUUCUGUAACUUUGUGUUUGUAUAUUGUAUUGCACACCUACCUGUCUUGUUGGUGAAUAGUACCGUUGCUUCUGCUGUAUAAAAAAAGUCCUUUCUGUUUACGAAUCUGCAGGUAAGUGAUCAAGGUCCUCAUUCCUUCAAGAUGGGUGCAUUUCUGGCUUCUAUCUCGAACAGGGCAACGCCUAAAUGAUGCUCUUCAAAAUGAUAUUUCUCCUGCACACAGGAGAUACUGCGAUUUGUAUACAUUGUUUCUUGGCAACCUUGGUUUAACAAAUCUCUCCUUCCUAGACUUGGUACAAGUUCCCCUGAGACAUUUUAAUACUCACAGCUGACAUCUGGAUACAUUCUCUGUUCUGAUUAAUUGUGUUCUUAGAAGAAAAUGGUAAACAUAUAUUGAGUCAAUUUCAAUACUAUAUUAUUUUAUACAAAAUUAUUUUCUACAAAAGCAGCAUAAAUCAUCAGUAAAAUCUCACCCCAGCAAUUAUAGCUUUUAAUAGUGAAUAUGAAAUGGUGUGUGUGUGUGGUUUUAUUUAUUUUGUUUUUUCAGAAUAAUCUGUAAAAUGUAUUCUCUAAAAGGUCGCAAUGAAAAAAAAAUUAAAAAAAUAAAAAUUGGGAUUAGCUUUUCAAAUGAUUUAAUAAUUUUGGAUACAAUUUUAAAUUAUUAAUUUAAAAAAAAAGUAUCCUAAAAUAUUAAAUCAAUGUCAUAAUUGGCUUUCUUAUAACUGAAAGGCCUGUCUAAUCAGACCAUUAUUCCAGGCCUAAUGCUUUAGAGAACUGAACGUUACAAUGGACGUGCAGACCUAAUAUCUGGAACCUCUUCGUCUAUUGAUUUGCUUGGAUGAGAAAGUACUAUUGAGACUCCUUCAGGAGAAAAUCACUACAUAAAAAUUAAAUUAACUUUUUCAAUCUUUUGUGUUUCUGGCCAUUCUAUAUGUGGAAUAUAGAAAAUUAAAGCCUCUUGCAAAUAAUCCGAACAAAUAAAUGGUACUUAUUGCUUAAAGAGUGUCACCGUUUUUUAGAAUAUCAACAUUUGUACUGACUAAUGCCAAUACUGGAUACAUUUAAUACACUCACAAAGGUGCUAUAACUUUGUCAUCCUCUGCCCAAAAUGUACUGAAAAUCACUUCACUUACAUGGCACUAAUAGAAUGAGACCCCCACUUACCUCGCCUGUGUUCUGUGUAUCGAUGUACGAUGGGGAAAUGGGGAUAAAUGUAUGGAAUCACCUCUUAUGUACAUCAAGGCUUAUCUUAUAACUGUAACAUUUGUCUUUUUUUUUUUUUUGCUGGGUUUAUUUUUUUUUUAUUUAUUCUUUUUAUAAAUUGGGAAACCAUAAUUAUGUUCAGUUUGUUAGCUUCAAAACAUAUGGAUGUAUCCAAGGACCUUCUCUUUUUCUGUUUCUGCAGAGUGCUGAGGUGGAGGAAGCUGAUGCUGUAUCUCCUCUGAACAGAUCUUCAGGUAAGAACAAGUGAUUAAAUCAAAGGCAGAGAUAAUAAAGCCCUCAUUGUCUCCAGUCAUUGUAAGGGUGUUAACCUGACUGUUCUAUAGUUGUAUUUUGCUUUCAUACAAUGGGCCGAUUCAAGCUUUAAUUGUUCACUUGAUUGAUCAAUGCAGGCACCUGAGCAAAUCCUUCUGAAUAACAAUGGACACUUUUAUCCUGUGGUUCGUAGCAAAUUAGGACAAAUGAAAACUCCUUGACCAAAGUGAUCGUCUUAAUGCUCUCUAUUCAGGAUGUUCUAUACGUAGUUGAUGUUUGAUUGUGUAACAUACUCUUAUUUACUUUAAGAUGCCAAGAUCUAAAAUAGUAGUGUGCUAAUAAUCAGAGACGGAAUGGAGAAGAGGAAAAACCAUGUUAAUGAAAGUGGAAUGGUAGAUGUUUGGAAGAGGACUGUAGUUACGGACAUUUAAAAAAAACAUAAUUUUUUGUUACAUGAGAGGAUAAGGCUAGGCCUAUCAUGGAUCAUCUUAUCGGGGUAAAUUGUGUUGAAAGAAUAUUGAAAAAUUGAUACCUAGAAGCAAACUUGAUCAGGCUUUAGAACAAGGUUUUGUAAGCGGUAGAUAUGUGAAAAUGACAAACUGAUUUGAGUUUUAUAGAACGCACACAUGAUGCAAAGUAAUGUAAAAACACUAAACUUUGAGAGAUACUACUCUCCCUACAUAACCACUUGUCAUGUUGACUCGGUAGGAUGCUGGACUGUAGUAAAUUUCCUACGAACGUGCCUUAAUCUUGUUCCUGGAAUAUUUGGCAAGGUCUGUAAUCAUUAACAUGGAAUUCAAAAGGAAGAAAAAUAAGAAAUGUUGUGGUUGGUCAUGAAAGUUGUAGGACUGAUUGAUUAAACUGUUGUAACCAAGCCAGGAACACUGAGAAAGCUUGGUAAAUGGGGAUUAGGGAGUAAAGUCAGGGAGCACCCCUUGAUCCUCUUAACCCAACUUCAAUGUGUGGGUUAGCAUACUGUUCCACUCCUCUGCACUUAAGAGGCUGCGGUAGUAAGUACCAUCAUCUUCAGACAUGCUGAACUGUCCACAGGGUCCUCAUCCCUCACGGCCGUCUUUGCUGAAUUUAACAGGUGUAUUAUACGCUGUAAUUGCUAUAUAUUAUGCACUGUGCUGCCAUUGCAUCAUCGUGACCAGAGUUUUAACAACCUCGCUCUUCUAUUAAUGAAGCACCAUUACCAUACUUCUCACCAUGACCAUGAGGAGAUGGGGUCCUGCGGUGUUUUUUUUUUUUUUUUUUUUAUUUAAUGGCUCUUUGCUGAUUGCAAAUCAACUUCCACAAAAAAUGAAGAUUUUGAAAAAAAUGCCCUCAAGGCAUGUUGUAAGAGAAGGCUCACAAAAUAGUUUUAUUAACUUUUUGGUUUGUGUUUUUUUGAUUAAAAACUCUGCAGAGAUUUUGUUCUGCAUAAAAUAAAAAAAAUACCUUGAUUUAAAGGCCAUAUAAAAAAUAUUUCAUGAAAAUAAGUCUAACUCCCAAUCACCAUAAAUGUAUGACUAAAACCCAUUAGUUUUUAAUUCCAUACUCCUAGCAUGGUCCACCAGUCAAGCACCUCAAAACUAAAUAAGGUUUUGGGGGUGUUUUUUUUUAUUAUUUAUUUAUUUAUUUAUUUAUUUAUUUUUUUGUGGUGUGAGUUGACUUAUUUUUGGUCCAACUGGAAAAAAUUUAAUCUGUCCCUGUCUCCGCAUUCCCUCCUGAUGUGAGGGGUCUGUUCCAAAAAAUGGUAAUUAUCAGCAGAGUUUUGAAGUCACACUACACUUCAUCAGUCCAAUUCACCAUCCCUUUUUUUUAUUAUUAUUGCCAUUUAUAUAGCGCCAACAGAUUCCGUAGUGCUUUACAAUAUUAUGAGGGGGGGGGGGGAUUUAACUAUAAUUAGGACAAUUACAAGAAAACUUACAGGAACGAUGGGUUGAAGAGGACCCUGCUCAAACGAGCUUACAGUCUUUUUGACCACUAUCCACUACAGUCUUAUUAAUUCUGUCAGUUCUUAUGAUCACCAGAUACAUUGUUUGUCCCUCAUUUUCCUGGUAUUUGUGGCAUUCAUUGUAGUAGUGAAGAGGCAUUUGCGAUUCUUAAAACGCAUGGUCUAAAUCAGUAGAUUUACCAAAAAUUUUUUCCUGGCGAUAUACCUUUUGGGCACCCCUGGUCUAAAUUCUCUUUAUUGAUAAGACCGUGAGCAUCACAGGAGUCAGUCUAUAAGAAAUAGAAAGCCAUACAGUGACUCUUUAUGCAGGGGAGUUAGUUGGACUGCCUUUGAUUGUAAAGCGUAUUUAAAUAUUUACAAGACAUUUUACCUUAAAAGACACAGAAUGGCAAUAUUACUCAUUGUAUGUUUCACGUUCGUGCCUCUUCUAUGACCUCAUGGCUGCGUCUAAGAUCAGUCCUUGUCUGCUUGAGGUAAAUUUUAUGGAUUAGCUAAAAAACUGCAUUUCAACAAAAUUAUUCAGCACAUUAUUCUGCUUUAAAUUGCAAUGAAGCCAGGAUACACAUUUUAUUCUUCACAUACACACACACACACAAAAAAAAAGAUUUUGGAUCUUAAAAUAUCACUCAAAGUGACAUUUUUAUUGAUCUAUAAACACCACAUGUAUCAUUACAAUACUUUUGUAUGGGUGAUAAAGUGUAAUAAUGUUAAAAGAUUGCUAUAGUGUCAGGAAAACAAAGCGAUUUUCCUGACACUAUAGUGCCCUGAGGGUGCCCCCACCCUCCGGGUCCCCCUCCCGUGGUGAUGAAGGGGUUAAAACCCCUUCAGCAGCUUACCUUAUUCCAGCGCCGGGCUCCCUCGGCGCUGGUGACCCCUCCUCCCCCCCUGCCGACGUCAGCGGAGCCGUCCGACGUCACAAGUGCCACGUGCGCAUUCAAGCUGUCAGUAGGAAAGCAUUUCUCAAUGCUUUCCUAUAGACACUCUGCACGAUGGAGGCAUAAUAUGCACCGGAAGACAGCCACCAGAGGCUGGCUUAACCCCAAAUUUAAACAUAGCAGUUUUUAUGAAACUGCUAUGUUUGCAUCUGAAGGGUUAAAACCUGAGGGACAUGGCACCCAGACCACUUCAUUGAGCUGAAGUGGUCUGGGUGACUAUAGUGUACCUUUUAACUUCUAUACACUCUCCUAGAUCUCCACACUCAUGGUAUGCUAAAUUCAGCGUUACUCAGCUGGCUCCAGAUAAUAGGUAGUAUAUUCCUACUGCUAAUUCUAGGAGCAUUUGUGCAGUGUUACAUUAUUUCUAUUUAAAAAAAAAUUUAUUGUGGUUUUUUAAAAAAAAUAUUUUCUUCCGGCUCCAGAUAAUUUUUAGUGUUGGCUCUGGGCCGGAGGUAAUUUGGAUUGAAACAAUACAAUUGUAUGUGUCCCUUCUCGACAGUUCCAAUUUAUGUACUUUAAGUUAAUAAUAACCUUUUUAAAGUGAACUUUCCUGCUACAUUUAAUUUUACAGGUAAUUUUUGCGGAACAUCUGCAGUGAGACCUCUUGAGAUGUACAACUGCCCCAUUUGCAGUUCUGAGCAACCAUGCUUGAUGUUUUAUAGGUGGCAGUUUUUAUGUUUUCUCGAUGUAGUUCUAGUGUGAGCAUGUGUAUUCGUGGUUUUUAUUGUUGUCCCUGGAGAUGUCUGCCACUCAAAACUCAUUUUAGCCUCAUACUGCCAGUCAGAGCAGGGUGACGAGUCCUAAUUCUUGGAACUUCCGUGUUUAAAUCUACGAUUACAGUCCAGAUGGAAUUAUUGGCAUUUAUAUAAACUUACAAGUGUUCAAAAAAAAAGAAAACAAUCUAAACACUGGACACAAUCCAUGUUGAUGUUAUAAGAUGGUGUAUUGUGGUUGCAGGACAGUCCUGUUCAGAUAGGAUAUAUAUCCUAUUUUUUUUUGCAUACAUUUGCUUUGAUAAAUACUUUGGGGGUUCAUCUUUGAUACAUUUUGAAGGAGUGUCAGAUCAGUGUCACCUGACUCAGGUUCUCUGUAAUCCUGCCUGCUUGGUUUGCAUCGGGUAUUUUUACAAUGGCGAGUGUAGUGAAAUGUCGUACUCUGGUGCACUCGGUUCUGAGGUCUGGUAAAUCUCAAAGACACUAAGGUUACAGAUUUUUUUUUUUUUUUGAAAAGUGAUACAACUGAAUUUUUUUUAAAAGCAUUGUUUGUAAGACUCCCCGAGUCCCCAUGUGUGUAUUGAUGGAGUUGUCAUGCUGUUAAUUUCAAGUAAUACGAUUGAAAAUUAACUACUUUCCCUUACUAUUCCAGCCCCUAUUGGGGAAACCCCAAAUGCUCCUCUACCAGCAAGAGCCACAGAACCUGCUGCUCCUGCACACAGAAUCACGGCUCCAAAUACCCGGCCAGGAGUACCCAUCCGGGCACCUAGAGCAGCCAAUGGAGCUUUACGACCUCCUGCAUCCAGGAAUGCUGGGCCUACACGCACUCCUGGGCCGGUUCGAGGUGUUCCCAGACCUACAUCUUCAGGGACUCUUAAUGUGAUUUACAAGAGAGGCAAAAUCUCCGUCCUCAGAAGAUACUGUGUCCCCAUUACAACCACAGUACUGGUCUUGGCUUCCCUUGUGGUCAUCGCCAUUCUGAGUGAGUAGACCAUAAAUGGGUUUGAAGUUUUAUAUUGAAGUGCAUGUUACUGCAGCAAUCUUUAUUUUAUUUGAACAGCAUGAAAACACGAGAGUAAAGUUCAUGUUCUAUAAAGUUUUAACCCACACAGGUCUUCAAGCUGAGAUCUUUACACAUUGUCCAUUGAUGUGCCACACUGUCUGGUUUUGUUACGUUAUCAAGCAAAAUCCUGGAAAUCUUGGUCCAUUGAUACUUAUUACACACUCACAUUUAUAACAAAUGUAUGUGAUCCUGACUAUUAUGCCGAUUUCCCAGCAUUUAUGGCAUAGGGACACACAAGCAAUGACAAACCGAUUUUUCCUUACCUGGUGCCGGUGUUUCCUCAAGGAAGUGGACAGCUAAUGUGUAGUGUCCAGACGUGUCUUGUCUAGAGGAAAUGGACCCCUUAUAUUUAUUCUAAAUAAUAAAAAUAAAACCUAUUUUUUUUUUUUUUUUUAUUGUAAAAUCUUAAAAAUAUUGUUUUUAACAAAUUUGAAGAGCUUAUCCAAAAAUAUUAAACUGAGGAUAUAGUUGGAUGGGUAACAUCAAUCAAACUAAUGGCAAUAAUGCUCAGAUUCCAAGCACAAUAGUCCUACGAAACAUAAAAAUCAGCUUUACAAUAUGAGCAGGUGUCUGACACUUUCCCAUUAAGCAUUGAUAUAAUCUAAUAAUUCACUUAGUAAUGUUCAACAAAAACAUUCUCCGUUUAAUGUGAUUUAAUGGAUAAAAGGACUUAUUUUAUUUAUGUAUAUGCUUUCUUUUUGAGAGCUUAGUAUGAUGUAUCAAAUUCUUUUUAGAAUGCUUGUUUUUGAGUGGAGUACCAACAUUCCAGUUUUCCUUUCCUUCACAGUUAAGGUGGUCUUGGAUAAUUACUAUUUCUUCUGCCUCAAAUCAUUCAAGUUUGUCUCGUUGGACAAAUUGUGCGAUGGGAUCCAAGACUGCACUGGUGGGGAAGAUGAAAUCCGGUGUGUGAAACACGUUGGGAUCAAUUCAACCCCCAUAGGUGAGCAUUACCAGUUGUUUAUCAUUGCCACCGCAGUGACUUGUGAAAUCCUUGUAACUUCAUGAAACCACAAGGCACAAUUAAAGAUGACCGAGUAUAUUUUGUGUUGUAGUUAGGUUCUCGGAGCAGUUCUCAGCCCUGCAGGUCCAGGUGAGAUCGACCCAAACAUGGAGCUGGGUUUGCUCAGACAACUUUGACAACAGCAAAGCAAAGGCGGUUUGUGCACAGAUUGGAUAUUCAAGGUAUGUACCCCAAACCUAAAGCUCUUCUAUUAGGAAUUCUUGGUUUUAGAAUAGGUAAGGGUCUGCUGAGAUAAUUUUAAUUUACCAAACCAUGGAAUGUGUGUGUGUGUGGGUCCCUCCCACCACCUCUCCACCCUCAAAAGGGCUGCUCUCACCUAAAAAUGCAUACAUUUUAAAGGCAUUGAAAUUCAGAGAACUCACAGGAUACAUCACACUCCCUCAUUCACUAAACGGCAAUUUCACAAAAUGUAAUAGUUUUAUAAUAUUUACAUGUUCAGGUGAAUGAAACCCUCUCGGAUAGGUAGGUGUGUGUGUGUGUGUGUGUGUGUGUGUGCAGGCCAAAUCUAUAUAUUUACUAUUAACAAACAAACCUGCAUUUCAGUGCUGAUAAGGUACCCCCUCCAAUGAUGUCACAACCUUUAUUUGCCAGUAGCAGGAUGUAGGGAAAACAAGGGCUUAAAGGGUGGCAUGUGGGGGAUGCCACCAUCCUGUGCGUACGGACGACAGAUCUCCAGUAUGCACAUCAUUUAUGAGCCAGCCACAAACUCUUGUUACACCUCUAUCAGCAUGAGUGUUAAACUCUGUAUGUUUAGCGUUCUUAUGAAACUCCAGACUCUGGGCACAAUAACCAUUUAAAAUCAAUGAAGUGGUCAUAGUGCUUAGCAUUACCCAUUAAGGAAAAAUAAAAGCCAUCUUGGGAAUCUGGAGAUCUCUUGAUAAAUUAAGAUGGUGUUUUCUCCUUGAGGGUAGGGUAAGUGUGUUGGGUUGGACUUGGGGUGCUGUAGAUGUUAAAAGAACACUAAUAUAGCUUUCGGAAUAACAACCCUACUCAUAUUCAAGUCCUCCCACUCCCUCGCCCGUGCAUUAAAAUGAAAGGUUUACACACCUUUUUCCAUUAUUGAGGCGUAUAUGGGAGUAUUUGUCCCACGAUGUCACUGAGAAAGCAUUGCCUUCACCGACUAUGGAAAAUUCAGUGCUAAAUACAGAGAAGCGUUAGGAACCUAGGACCCGGAAACUUUUCCGUAGGAAAGCAAUGAAUGAAGGCUUUUCUAUGGGGCUUCCAUGUUUUGCUUCCAUAUUGACUGCCACUAGAAUCAUAGGCAUGCGCAACCUAUUGCAUAAGGGUGUGCACCCUAACACACGCCGCCGCCGUGGCACAAACACACACCGCCGUGGCAACGCACCGACCUCGCAAGAUGAACCCUGCGGAGCUGCUGGCAAGAGCCUCUGGGGUCCUCUCCUGCCUCCCUCCCUGCCUGUGGGCCAGUGAGGGAGAUUUCUUAUCUCCCUCACUGGCCCAUGGAGGCACACAGCGCAAGCUGUCGGGAUUAGGGUGUGCCCAGGCACACCCCAUGCGGACACCUAUGACUAGAAGAGGACUUAACCCUGCAAUUUAAACCUCGCAGUUUCUCAAAAACUGGUAUGUUUUACAUUUCACAAAUAAAGGGCCAUUGCUCCCUGGCCACUAUAUUGAGAUAAUGUGUUCCGGGUGACUACAUUAUCCCUUGUGAAAUGGUGGCAGCUCCCAAUGAGACAACAAAAAAAAUGUUCUGAGAUUUCAGAAUCCAAACCACCAAGAGAGAUGAUUUCCGUGUUUAAAAGAGGGGGUUUAUUCACUAAACCAAAUGCAAACUAUAGAUAUAAAUGGCAAAUUUGUAAAACCUUUUCAAUUCCACCAUAAUCACAGUUUAGUUGUUUUUUAGUUUAGGAAUUCCAUUUUCACUAAAGUCUGGUGCUCGACCCAUUAAGAACUCAGGGCGUUCUAUGCCGUCCUUAAGGAAGCGACUCUAAACUCCACAGGGCGGCAUAGAACGUCCCUGCCAUCCUAUGUACUUACACGGUCGCCGGCAAUCCCAUGCCAGUGAUCACGGUAUGGGGACUUACCUGGGAGCCCAGGGAGUCCCCCUCCUUCCUCUUCGGCCCCUGUGGGCCAUGUGAUCGCGAGGUCCUUGUGAGGACCUCACGAUCACAUGGACGGCAUGGUGUCUUAAACUCUAAUAAUAUAUAUUUUUAAAAAUACGUUAUAAUAACCUUAUACAUAAUAUAACAAAUUCCUUAAGACUAAAAAUAAUAUGCAGAGUGUUUUUAUUUUAUAUUUGGGAGUGGGACAUCCAACAUGCGCUGAAAUUUGGUUUGUUCUGAUCAGCUCCUAGCUGGCGAGGAGUGUACGAUUAUGCAAAGAUACCGUAUGUUUUAAUUUCCCUUAUCUAGGAAGCAAAAGAAGAUAAACUAUACUUUGUUCCCUAAAACAUUAAGUGUCUGCUGCCAUCUAGUGGAAGAACUUCAUAUUCUGUAGUCUUUAGAGUUAUUAUCAUGUUGAAUGCAUUGCAAGUAUACGAUAAAUAUAAGAAGAAACAAAAGUAGAGUAUUCUGACUCUUGUCUACACUGAGGUCUGGAUUCAUAAUCUUAAUAGAUAGAAAUGAAAAUGGACAAAGAAAUGUGAAGAAAUAUUCUCUAUCUUUGUGUGCAUUCCCAAAUAGGAUAAAACAUUUUUUUAAAUUUUUUUUUUUUUUUAUUAUAGUACCCCUGUUUUCUCCUCUGUGACCAUCGCAAGCUUGAGCAACCCAUCUGCUUUUGGCUUCAGUAAUGUCCAAGUGCUGAGUAAUGAGUUGCAAGUAAUCCCAACGUUGGGGUAUGUAUUAAAUUGUGUGUUAACCCUGAAUGUCUUGCCUUGGCUCUCGUGUUGAAGUCAUGGGUAGGCAGCCGUUGGCACUCCAGAUGUCGUGGACUGCAUCACCCAUAAUGCUCUAACAGCCAUAAUGCUAGCAAAGCAUCAGGGGACAUCCAGUCCAUAACAUAUGGAGUGCUGAAGGUGCCCUACCUCUGGUCUAAAAUACUUAAUCCUAGGGGAAGGAAAGGCUCACCGGACCAGAAGCCAAAUUGCAAGCAGAGACACAAGACUGCCACAUUUUAAUAUUUUGGUUUAAAUAAGCUAUAAAACAGUAUUUAUUUUACCUCCUAAAUGGCAGAGAAUUGAGCAAUGAGAUUGCAUGGGGUAUGAUCUAUACACCGAUACCGCUUCAAGUUGUUUUGAUGCUUAUAAUACCCCUUUACAAGUAGACGAAUGGGCCGUUGUGAUCAUUUUAUCAUUGAAAAGAGAUCCUAAAACCAUGUGUAUUAUUUUUGUCACUGACAACAAAGUUUAAGAACGAAUAAACAAUGUGGUGUGAUAUUUUUGUUUUUGUUUAAGUCUUUGAUUGUGUCCUUGUCCUUUUCAGGGGACGUUGUCCUUCUGGUUCAAUUAUUUCUCUCCGAUGUGCAGGUGAGUCAAACCCCAACUGGGGCAAAAAUCCCAACAAACAUAAAUUUUUCACAUUGAAAUACUGUUCUAGGACGCCCUUCUAUUUCUGUCCUAUACGUUUUUAACAAUGAUGGAUAUAAAUCAAUUUUUUCGAUUUUAUGUAUCAUGGGGGAGGAAUGUGUUCCUUUAUCGAUAUUCCAGUUGUACAGCUUUUAAUUAUUUCUGGUCUAAUAAUGCUGUAGUUACAAUAGCCGUGCCAAAGCCUCCUAUUUCAAUGUUUUAAUUCUCCCGUGGAAUGCUGAUUGCUCCUAAUUCCACCAACCAACUACAGUGAUUGCAAGGGUGCAAGGUGCUCCUUCAAUAAGGAUUUAUUUACUAAACAUUGCUAGGUUGACAUCGCACACUGUAGUGGUGCUUGGCGUUUUUCUUUAAAAAAAUGUGUAAGACAUGCGCUCACUUCUCAUGAAAGUAAAUUUCUUGCCUUGACGUCGUCUACCAGCAUCCCAGUCCCACUUCAGUGAAUCUAGAAUAAAGCUCUGUAAAACGUGUUUUCUAGUCAAAGGGCACAAUCUCUCUAUCCACUACUGCUUUUAUUCUAUUGUGUUAUUCUCUAUAUCCUGCCUUUUAUUAAAGGAACACUUUAGGGUUGGGAAUACAGCUUUGGAUACUAGUGUCCUCCUGCCACAGCAACCCGUCACCCCCACGCCAAUCAAAGGGUUUUGUUAACCUUUAACCCCUUAAGAACCAAACUUCUGGAAUAAAAGGGAAUCAUGACAUGUCACACAUGUCAUGUGUCCUUAAGGGGUUAAACACUUGUCUGUCUCUGACGUCCGCACAAGGGGCAAUGGAACGCGCAAGCAUUAGGCCUUCCCCAUUGAAGAGCUUUGAACCAAUGCUUUCCUAUGGGGAUUUGCAAGACGCUGGACAUGAGGACAAACUCUGUGAGAAUGCAGGAAGCGCCCCUAGUGGCUGUCUGGUAGACCGCUCCCUGUGGUAAACUUUAUAAGACUGGGUUAAAGAGAGAUUUAUAAAACCAGAAAUGCCAUCCGUGGGUUUAUUUAUAGUUUAUAAAUUGAUAAAUUAGUAUAGUAAAUGUGUUGUGUUGUUAAAUGUAGCUAACAAUAUAUUUUUGUGUUUAUUUUGUUUUUGUUUUUUUGCCAAUAAUCUACCCUGUCAUCUUUGCACUCCCCUCUCUCAAUGUUCGCGUUCUCCUCAUUACCCCUCUUAAUUGUUUUCAUAUAUCACUUUAUUUACAAUAUUUCACACACACAUUUCUUGGCAUUUCUAACUUCUUUUUUCUAAUUUUCUCCCCCUCUUCCAUUCUGUUCCCCCCCACCCCCCCCGAAUUACAUAUUUGUAAUUAUUUUAGCAUGUGGUCCCAUCCACAAGCAGGAGAGAAUCAUUGGGGGCAGUGAUACCACCAUUGAGAUUUGGCCCUGGCAGCUCAGCCUUCAGUACAUGGGACAACACGUGUGUGGCGGCAGUGUGCUCAACCAGUACUGGAUCCUCACUGCAGCGCACUGCUUCAAGUGAGUCUCAGAGAAAGUGAACAUUUUACAGGCCAGCUACAUCUAUGCACACAUCACCAACCAUGGUUCAAAUGUGUUUAACCAUUCGGAGUGUAGUUGGGCUGAACAAUGGGUUUCUGUUCUCUUAUGGAAUAAAAAGAAUUGAAAGGAACAUGCUGUUAAAUGCGGUGUAAAUAUAUCAUUAAACAAAGCAAAUAUUUCUAAAAAAGUAUUUAUUUUGAGAAUCUUUAAAGACUAAUUCUGUAGAUAGAAUUCUGUACUAGCAUAGAAUAUAAUAUUUUUUAAAAAAUAUGUUUAAAACUAAAAUGACAUCUGUUUUACCCCCAGGGGGCAGGAGCAGGUUGACCGGUGGCGAAUCCAAGUGGGUUUAACAAAACUCUCGUUCCUCUUUGGUUUGCAAGUGGAUAGAAUUUUUGUUCACAAUCUAUACAACUAUGAUCAAAAGCCAAAUGACAUAGCCCUGAUGAAACUCAAGAGCGAUCUUCGGUUCUCAGGUGAUACAUAGUGUUAAGUUAUACUGAAAAAGCACUCUUUGAGAGAUUAUUUCACACAUUGUACAAUAUGCAAAGUAUUUAACAAGGAAAAGAAUGUUUAGCUUCUACAAGCUUUAAAGUAUGUCCUGCAGUCUAGAUGAUAUUUCCUAAAUUUAUUGUAAUCAUUUCCUUGAUUAAAGAUUGCGUUAAUCUUACCUGGAAUUGAACCUGGGACCCUAAAGUGUUGCAGAUCUGCCCACCCCUGUGGCAAUCGAAGGGUUAAGUUAACCUUUAAUCACUUACCUGUCUCUACCACCUUUGACGCAGCAAGCGCCGGGUGCAUUAGGCUUUCCCCAUAGGAGAGCAUUGGACCAAUGCUUUCCUAUGUGGAUGAUAAGUAUGUCCUUUGCUGUCUAGAUGAUCUGAAUUGAACUUGUGGCACCGAAGUGUUGCAGAACAUGUACUAACUAAUGCCUUGGUGGAUUUAUUAAAAAAAAGAAAAAAGGGAGAGGUGAUUGAUGGUUAUGGGUUCAGCCACCAAAUGUUGAUUUUUAUUUUCAGUAAAGCAUGACCAGUCUGCAAGGUGGAGCAAUACAAUUAAAUGAUGUAUUAUUAUUAUUUUUUUCAACUUCUCACUUGAUCUUUUAACCAAAUGGUAGAAAAAUCUGCCUAUUAGUGUUCUGCUAAAUAUAUACGUUUGUAUUUUGAAGUACACUUGUCCGUUUUUGUGCUCUUUUGGUUAAUCCAAAUAGUUUUGUACCCACCUCCCUCCAACGCACUCACAUGUACUUUUAGAUUUGAAUAAGCCGAACUUCCUUGUCCACGAAAUUGAAUCCAUCAAAUUUAAAAUAUAUAUAUAUAUAUAUAUUUUUUUUUAUUUAUUUUUUUUAAUCCAAAUAGUUUCGGCCAAACCAAAUUUUUCUGCUGUUCAGAUCAGCGUUCCUUUUAAUCCGACUUGUGAUGGUCUGGUUCUACAAUAUUUUGUAUAGUAAAAAUAUAGAUUGGUAAUCUUACAUUCUACCCCCUAGUUGGCAUUCAUGGAUAUAUUAAAAUGUUACACAAAGCAAGCAAGUCUAUGCAAGAUUUAAUACGUUGACUUUGUUUCCUAGCUUCUAUUCAGCCAAUAUGUCUUCCUGGGUUCGAUAUCAGCUUGUUGCCAGCUACGGUGCUGUGGGUGACUGGCUGGGGUGACACACAAGAAGGAGGAAGUAAGAAACCGGAUAUUCUGAAUUCCAUUAUAGUCUCUAAAUCUCAAACUGCACUUUCUUCUUCUAGCCUCCAUUCCCUCACUGUAGACCUAGCCAUCUUAUCUUUCAGUCACAAUCCGUAAUAAUUCAGCACCCACUCGUUACGGAUGAUAAAGGGUAUAUAAUGAGUCUGGACAGACGCUGAGAUUUUACACAGAGGAAAUGCAGAAUUGACUUAUAUCAAUGUUUCCCAACCUUUUUUCACUUGGGAACCCUUGGCAGCCAGUUUCCAUAAAUUGUACCCCUCAUAUUAGCAAGUUGUUUGUAAUUAAUAUAGUUGCUGCUAUUUCAAAUGUAUGUGCUGUUUUUGUUUUUGUUUUUUUUCCUACCCCUGUCUCUCCUGCUCUUCUUUUGCUCCAGGCUCCCUGAGAUUCUCCUCUACCCCCACUGAAACGCAUCCAGAUGCACAGACACACAGAUACACACACACACACACACAGUGACACACAUGCAGAUGCACAGAUGCAAAUAUUGACACACAUGAAGUUGCACAGAUACAUUGACACCUACAGAUAUACACAUGUAUAUGUACAGGCAAACUGAUACACACUGACAGUCAUGCAGACACACAUAUAAUUGCACAGUCACACACACUGACACACAUACAGAUGUACUGAUACAUGCACUGACAAUCACGCAGGUACAUGGAUACAAACACACUAACACACAUACAGUUGCACAGACACACUGAUACAGAUACACACCUGCACAGAUACAGAUGCACACACUGAUACAGACAUACAUAUAUUCACAUGAAGAUACAGACAUACUUAUACACACACAGACAGUUGUACAGAUACUGACACACAUACAGGUAAACGUUUUAUCCUGCAGUUUCCUAUAUUUUGGGUGCAGGAGGGUGGCUUCUGCUAGCUGGGGCUGAUGGGAGGUAGGGGCUAACUCCUUGAUCGUACCACUCCCUUCAUCCUCUGCCUACCCAUCCAGUGCCCAAACUUGUUGCUACAGUGUGCCACAAAUUCCUCUUGCCCUAUUUAGAUCCCCUUCUCUGAUUGGAAGCAUUAAAGUGCCCUUCCCUAAGGAGGAGAGAGAGCACUUCAGCCCUGCUCUUCUCCCAGUCUGCCAACCCCCUCCAGAUCCCCCCCCACUCAGCAAUCUUUCAGCUGGGAGGAAGUGACUGGCUCACUCUCGCUUCCUCCCAGCACCUCGGGCAUAUAAGAAGGGGUCCAGUUGUGCUGGUAAAGCACAGCAGCACAUGACCGGGCUCCUCAUGGCACUUGCCUAUCAGGUGGCCACCCGAUGGACCUUCACCCUACAGUUCCUAAUCUGUGCAGAGUGGCAGGACUACCAUUACCUAAUUUGUUUUAAUGCAUACCCCCAUAGGAACUGGACUGCACCCCUAGGAGUUAGCAUACAACGGGUUGGGAACCACAUGCAAUGCCAUUAAUCUUCUGGUCUGUUGAUAAAGACUGAGCAAAGUAUUCGAUACUGCUCUCUGGCCAGAUCUAGAUGUUUGGCCAUUACAAGUUUAGUAACUUGUUCUAUGUCUCUUUUUCCUCAUCAUCUUGCCUUAUCAUUGUUCCUACACUCUUGCUUCACCAUCCAACUUCCCCCCCCCCCCAAAAAAAAAAAUAAAAAAAUCUUUCUCACAUUUUUCUCAAUUUAUUUACAGAUUUAGCAACUGUACUCCAGCAGGUCUCCAUCCAAGUUAUCUCUUAUGACACUUGCAACAAUGAAUAUGGCCAAAUCCUGCCAAGCAUGUUGUGUGCUGGGAGAGUGUCUGGUGGUCUUGAUACUUGCCAGGUACUUCAUUGAAUAUCUUGUUCCAACAUGACAAAUCACGAAGCUUGUUCUUUCACCGUAAUGAUGUGCUCCAGACUUCUGCCAUUGGAACCUAAUGGCGGUCACAUAUAGACUAGUGGUUAAACUCCCUGCAAGACUUGAGCAAAAAUAAAAAAAUUGUGUGAUAUUCUAUGUACAACCUUUUUCAUUGUCUGUGAUUGUCGAUUACAAGGUCUACCAAUUAAUAGGCAUGAUAAGGGUGACCAGAAUUAGGCCUUAAGCUAGAGUUGGCUACAAAUAUUCUUCUAAUCAUCUUAACAUGUUUUAACGUGUGUUUUUAUAAAUGCUUGAAUGAAAUCAAAUGUCCUCUGUUCUUGACUCUCUUCUCUCUUUGCAGGGAGACAGUGGGGGACCUUUGGUAUCCCUUGAAGACCGUUGGGAGCAAGUUGGCAUUGUGAGUUGGGGAGAUGGCUGCGCAAGGCCUGGAAGAGUUGGUGUGUACACCAAGGUGCCAUCGUUUCUCGAUUGGAUCCACGCAAUAAUGAAGGUGAGACACUGCUUGCAUCGUAUUAGAGCAAUGUCUGCUUUACUUCAAUUAAUGUAAUGCUGGGUAUCUUAAUAUGAAGGAAGAAAGCUGGGGAAAGGAGUCCGUCCAACAGAUUUGUGAUAAAUGUUGUUGUCAAAUACAGCAUAUGAAACUAGCUAUUUUUAAAUUUUGUUGAAAAGUGUAUCCAUUUUGAUAAACAAAACUUUGAUCUGUCACAUUUGACUUCUGAAAAGGCAGAGCCAGGGCAUUUAAUGCAAAUCCACUUUCAAAAUGUGCAUAAUUAUUGCCGCCACUUGGGCACAGUGAGAGACCUAAGCAAGCAAAUUAUUUGACUGCAUCCAUUAAACAGUUCAUUUCUCAGUUAUCGUAUUUUUUGGUUUGCCAUUUGAUGAAUGUAUACACAUCAACCGGAUUUUCCAGGAAUAUUACAGUGCAGAAAAUAAGCAGAAACAUGACCAUUUUUAAUUGCUGUUAAUUUUACCUUUUUAUAAUCCGUUUUAUAUUGUUCUCUGCAGCAGGAGUCGUGAACCUUCCAGAAUCGACUUUAAUUAUCUUUUUAGGCUUUCUAAAAGCCUUUCUGGAUCAGAGGAACAUAAUCUUAUGCAAUUUGCAGUGAAGCUACCUCCUGAUCUUGUUCUCUGCAGGACAGUGGUAUGCCAAGGGACUGUGCGUUACAGAACAUUAAUGGACCUUCACCGGUGAUCUCCUUAAUGCCAGAUUUAGCGGAUUUCUUCCUGGUCUAUUUGACACGCACUGCAGAGGCAUGUUUGUUACAUAUACACUGGGCCGAUGAUUUGGGCCAAAUUUUAUUAUAUUUAUGUGUAUAUAUAAUGGAGGAAAACUGAGCAUUUUUAAAAGCAAGUAAAUGUAGAACACGCUCUACGAUUCUAGAACUACCCAUUCAUCGAAUCUGGUUUAUAACCUAAACACCCACACUUCAUCAAACCUUCUUUAUUUAUUAAAUUCGGAUUGAACACUCCGUUCUGGUUCUGAAUAGAAAUAUCUAGACAAUGCUCGGGUUCUUAAAGUACAUCACAAACCCCAUGCACUGUUCUAAUGUGUUCCUAAUUACAUGCAUGUACAUAGGUGUAUUUUUAGGUGAAAUUUUGUAAAUAUAUGUGUUUUUUUAUGAUUAAAUGUUACAUUGAAGUGUGUGACUUUUUUUUU